UUUAUUGAGCAACAGGGGGAACUCAUGUGCUCAGCUUAAUUUUUAGGCAAAAAUGGCCAAAAUACUUCAGAAAUAUAUAAAGUUUACCAGCAAAGAGCUAGAACAGUAUGCCGCCAAUCCAGAGUCGUGCGUGCGUUGCGUGAAAACAGAUCUGCACCUGUCAAUGGGCCCAUAUGGCAUGGCCAACUUCAAGCACGCUUUACACGAGCUCCUCAUUCGCACCAAGGUGGGAAUAUACGAUGCCAACCUGAAUGGCAUUGUGCUCGGUAUUCAGAAUAUCAAGGUUCUUGGUCAGACGGCCGGAAUGCGAGCCGAUGAUCCAACCCUGCACUUGGUAAUUAAUGCUGAUUUCUAUGUGUUGAGGCCAGCGGCGGGAGCGGUGCUCCAUGGGGUUGUCCGGCAUAUAUCCAAGCAUCAAAUUAGCGCCAUCAUCUACAGAGUCUUCAACACAACCAUUAGGUUUACGAAUAAGAAACAAAGCCGAGAUGGCAUUGUGAUGGAUCAGGAAAUCAAGUUUCGUAUUAAGGAUUUUAAUAUCAGCACAGUGAUGCCUUAUAUUGAGGGAGAACUUUUGCUGGAGGAGACCGAUCCUCAGAAUAAAUCUAUUAAAUUUGAAGAUGACACGGAAUCAACUAUAGAGAAUGGUACAGAAACUCCCGUUGAGAACGGCACAGAAACGCACGUAGAGCUAGAUGCUCUGGUCGAACUGAUCAAAAUGGAACCAAACAUGUCACCAGAGCCGACACCCAAAAAGAAAAAGGCGGAAAAGCGUAAGAAAAGUGAAGAAGCUGAAAAAGUUGUGCAAAAAGUGAAAAAAUCAAAAAAAAUAAAAACUGAACCCGUAUAGCCUUCAAAUGUGUGUGGUUAAUUUUAAUGAAUUAAGUUAAUGGUACAAAUUAUAUUUAAUAUAUACUACAGUAGUUUGCCUUGAGCAAUUACUUAAUAAUAAGUUCUAUAUGUAAAUGUAUAGAAUUUCGAAAUUACAAAUUAUAAAUAUGAGUUAAAAAGUAACUAACCAUUGUACCCAUUCAAAA